GAAGCAAGAAAAGUCGAGGGAGCUUUUUCAAGAUUGCCUUAAUGAUGACCUCCUUGUCUUCUUCUCCAUGUGUAUAAAAGAUAAGAUUUGUGCUCCCCUUUUCCAUGCUCAGAGAUUUCAUUUCCCUUUUCCGUGAGAAAAGUAAAAAAUCUCAUCCGGAACAAGGCAGAUGAACGAGUCCCCUGCACAAGCACAGCCGCACGCAGAGGACGAAGAACAGAUUCCAGACGAAGAAGAAGAAGAAGAAGUAGUAGCGGCAGCACAAAAUAUGAGGACCCAAAACGCCCAACGAUGUCGAUGUGACUUCUGCGGUGAAAGAGAAGCACUCCUGUACUGCAGGGCAGACUCGGCCAAACUCUGCUUCUCUUGCGACCGAGAGGUUCACUCCACGAAUCAGCUCUUCACGAAGCACACCAGAUCUCUUCUCUGCAACGCCUGCGAUUCCUGUCCGUCUUCCAUUCUCUGCUCCUCCGAGAACAUGGUUCUGUGCCAGAACUGCGACUGGGAAAAGCACAAUCGCUCGCUUUCUUUGCUGCAUGAGCGCCGCCUUCUCGAGGGCUACUCUGGGUGUCCUUCGGCGGCCGAGUUGCUGUCGAUUGUUGGGUUUGACGACGUGGGAGAUAAGGCUCUUUUACUCGACGACGAGGGCGGCGCCGGCGGUGAUGGGUUUUUGGAGGAUGGGUUCUCCGACUUCUUGGUUUGGGACACUCCUUCUGUUGUGAGUCUUGAUGAUCUGAUGACUGUUUCUGCUGAUUCUGACCAUAAUUUUCAAGCCAUGGGUGUUCCUUCUCUGCCUAAGGUUAAGAAUCGAAAUGCUGCUUGUGGGCAACACAAGGAAGAGUUGCUUCAUCAGCUUCGUGAACUGUCGAGGUUGGAACCUGGCUUGAACAGUGGUCAUGGACGUGUUGAAUCCCUUAUUGGCUUUGAAUCCAUGGUACAUGAACAAGCUUUGCAACUGGGAAAUGCGCAUGAUGGCUGUGAACAUAAUGCAGAGGCAACUGCAUUUCCUGCAUAUGAGGCAAGUGCAUUUAAUUGGCGUAGUGACGGUGGUGAGGCUGCAAAUCAAGUUUGUCUUCCUUCUACAUUAUUAAGAAGCCGCACUGAGGAAAGUCCUGAGAAUUCCAACAAACAUUCAGUUACUAUUUGUAGUGUAAGUAAUGUCAGUGGUAGUGAUGAGGGUCAAUUGCGGCAUCCCAUUAUUUCUAGAACAUCAUCAGUUCCAUCAUCCGGUCUUACCAAAGCUGCUCCACAUGAGGUGACUAGCCAGGAUAGAGAGACUGCAAUUUCACGGUACAAGGAGAAGAAGAAAGCAAGGAGGUAUGUACUAUGCUCCUUUCUUGUACAAGCAGACUACCUAAAUUGUGAUUUUGUCUAUGUAAUUAUAGAUUGCAAGACAGCCCAAAGUGGAGGGAAAGAUACGAGGCACUUUAUUGCUUAAUCUAGCUUUUAUGAAAGCUUUAACAAUUUAUGGAUUGGUUGUCCAUGAAUCUUCCCUCCAAAAAACUCAAGUAUUUUUUUUUUUUAGCAUUAUACGGAAGUUUUUGAAAACUUUAUUUUUUUCCACAUGCAUGUCUUUGUCUUAUUCCUUCAUUCAUUCAUUCAUUUUGACAAAGUGCUGAAGACAAGUUUCUAAAUUUAUUUUUGUUAGGACUAAGGGAGUCUUCGUACAGGCUUGAUAUAGAUGGGUGAACACUAACUUGAUCCAAAAGUUUAAGUCUAUUAAGUUUUUAGCUUAACCAUGUAUAUAAACACCCAUCUUACACUUUCUUUUUUUCUAAUGUGUGACCAACUCAUAAGUCAAAUUCUCAACAAUCUCAUCCUUGUGAGUUCCAACCACUCCCCUUGUCAUGGAAGCUAUUAUUUGUCAUGCAGCCAACUAGGAAUCAUUACUCAACCAUGGGAAAGGGUACGAAACCAUCUUCCCCUUGAGCGGAAAUUGUCUCCAUUGUGCGAGCAAGUUAAAUUCUCUAACAGUUGUUCAAGCGGGCCUUGUCCCUGUGCUUUACGUGCCAUAGAUUGCAUUCCAAGUGUUUCCAAACCAAUUCUACCUCCCAUGUCUUGACCCUUUGUAGAUCCAUCUAUCAGAUCUUAUAUGAUCCUUAUUGGCCUUAGUCACGCACUUGGUCCUCCAAUUGUUAGCGCACCGGGAAAAUUAGUUUUACAGCUCGAUUCUAUGAUGUCUCUCAAUGAGGGUUAUAAACCAUCAACGUUGAUACCACUUGUUAGGAUGGGGGAGUCUUUGUACAGACUUGAUAUAUGGGUGAGCUCAAACUUGACCCAAUAGAUUAAGCCUAUUGAGUUUUGGUUCCAACUAUGCAUAUAAACUUUUAUCCUCCAUUCUAAAAUUUGAAUUUGGGACAAAUUCAGAAGUAGAAUUCUCUUAGCCAUACCCGGACUUUGGUGUUUGGUGUGGAUAUUGAAAAUUUGAAGAGAAAAGAGAGAAGAAAUAUGGCAUCACUUGUCAUUUGGUUUGAAAGCAAGAAUUUGUUGUAAUCAAAGAAGAGAAAUGGAAGGAUAUUUUGUAACUAAUUUAAGAGGGGUUUUGAGAUUUCAGAACUAUUGAAUCAUAGGGCAUAAACAUUGGUCGACGAAAUUUUUUUCGUUUUUGGAAUGGUUUUGAGUGUUUAUUUGUUUGUCGGUGUGGUUGCUUCAAUGGUUGGGUAUGACUCUUUAAAGCCCCGUGUAAAAUUCAUCAAUCUCAUACACUGAUCACAAUAAUGCAGAUGGCGUUGCGAAAUAGAAUGAGCCAUGUCCAAAGGCUUUUUAUGAAUCAGCCUGUUGUCAUGUUUGAAUUCUGUAGAGCUGAUGCUUUUAAAAUGCAUAUCAACAGGUAUGAUAAGCACGUUAGGUACGAAUCAAGGAAGGUUCGAGCAGAAACCAGGACAAGAAUUAGGGGACGUUUUGCAAAGGCCGAAUGCCCAAAUUCGAAUAUGCAGCCCCGAGAGUAGAAUCAAUAUGGUUGUUAGCUUACAUCACACUGCUAGGAGCUAGGAAAAUGCGUGUUUUGUUUUAAGUAGGAUAAGUUCAAUUAUUUAUCAUGUAUGAUAACAGUUCAUUUUGAAGCUGAAGCUUGAUGAUAGAGAGGUUUCUUUCCUCAACAGUGUCAAGUCUGGCCAUUAGCUUUCACUUUUUCUUUUUUCUUUUUGAUUUUGGUGAAAUUCGAAAGCUAUUGAUGUUUGAAUGAUUGAUGAAAAAAUAAAAGAAAAAAGAAAAAGAAGGCUAUGGCUGUAUGAAGAAUUGCUUGUUAAAUUUGAAUGUAUAUUCAACUACAGGAAAAGGGCUUUUGAUAGUUUUGAUUU